UGAAAGCCUUACUGUGCCUCAGUCAUCAUCACACGAGCUUACUGCAUGCAGGCUCCAACCUAGUACUCGUGCAGUUCAAUCUUAUCGCGCAUAAUUUAUCUCUUGUUCGAUCUAAUCAUUGCGCAAGAAUUUAGUGUCAUUUGUUUUUAAUGCUUGAGUUGUGACAAUUAUUAUUCUUGAAUAUUCAUUGAAAUAUGAAUCGCUGUAUCGUUUUAAGUUGCUCCAUUGCUUCCUUACUGGGACUAGUUCUUUCGACGCCGGCCCCCACAACAGUCCGCAUAAAUGACGAGUGCUAUCGGGACAAAGACUGCGAGGCAAGCAUCCUACACAGCCGCUGUCACCAUGGAUACUGCCGCUGUCAGUCGUUCUUUGCACCUUACAAUGAGACCACUUGCGUCGAAUCAACCCUCUUGGGAAACGACUGCGUGGUGCCGGAGCAGUGUUCCAUGAAAGUGGCGAACAGCGGUUGCCUAGCGGGUGUAUGUAGAUGCGAAGAGGGGUAUCUCCAGUUCAGAAAACACACCUGUUUAGCUCCUGCUCGACCGGGUCAAGUGUGCUACAGUCAUGAGCACUGUCGCCUUUGGGAUAGUGACACCCACUGUGACUUUUUAAUACCAGAUUUAUUCGGUCGGUGUCAGUGCACAGCGCCGAUGAAAAGGGAUGGGGAUGUCUGCCGACCUAAUUCACUUGUAAUCCCCCCAUCGCCAACUACGCGUUCUCCAACGGUUCAAACUUCUCCUGAAGAGGACAAUAAUGAAGAAUUGAUUGAGGAUACAACGCAUUCAGGGUUUCACCUUUCCUGGCUGAAAAAUGCAACAAGAUUAUUAUCAACCACAGUAACGACUCCAAAAAUUCCGCUCAAUAUGGUAACAAGACCAAUGUACAGAACACCUAGCCCCUACCACGAAAAUACGAAUGAACUCCCAGAUGACAACGAUGCAGUGGUAAUCGAGGCUGACGUCAUCACCGAGCUGAUUCAAACAACAAUGUUAGCUUCAGCACCAACCAAGGCAGAUCGCCACGAGACAACCACCGUAACACCAGUGAGCCUCGGAUUAUCAUGUAGCAACGAUCUCGAGUGUAGAAUGGCCGAUGCAAAUUCACGAUGCAUUUACGGAAUAUGUGACUGCGUCAUUCCCCAUGGAAAUGGUAGUUUAGCCUGUAAUGCUAAGAAAACGGGCUGUCCAAAUGGUACAUUCCAGUGUCGUGGAUCGGGAGCGUGCAUCAGUUGGUUCUUCGUUUGUGAUGGCAGACCAGACUGUAGAGAUGGGUCUGAUGAGGAGUGCGCUAAUGGAAGUUGUCCUAGUCAGGCGUUUAAGUGUGGGAAGAGUGGAGUGUGCGUCUCUAGGGCUGUUCAAUGUGAUGGGAGAUUGGAUUGUCCUAAUAGAGAGGAUGAAGAAGGAUGCAAAGAUCGCCGAAAAUGUCCAGAAGGGUCAUUCCGGUGCAAUAACGGCCAAUGCCUUCCCGCAUACGAGUUCUGCAAUGCAGUUGUCUCCUGUAGGGACGGAAGUGAUGAGCCCCGGACUGCGUGUCGCACACGUAAUCGAAGUCGACUAUCCUCGAGGAAUUGUCCUUUUCGAUGUGCGAAUGGACGUUGUCGCUCAGAUGCAAUUACCUGCAGUGGGCGGGACGGCUGCGGUGAUGGAUCUGACGAACUUAAUUGCUCAGUCUGCAGUUUUAUUUGUCAGAUGGACUGGAGUUUCAUUACGUCAGGGUACCCUGGAGCGUUGUCACUCGGUGGUUGAUGACAAUGGAUCCUCGGUUGACGACACCUUCUGCUCCCAUUAGAAAAGCACAUGCCUCGUAGAGCGACGCCAUCGUCUAAUCCUCAUUCCUGAUAGCUUGAACGGGGUGGUCUGGAUGUUGUUUGGUCCCAAGAGAUUUUUCUCAGGACCUCCUCUUCUCGACUCAACUCGUUGUCGGGGAGUUAUGACCGUUGGAGAUGACAAAUGGUAUUAGAAUUGGGAAAGAUAUGGAGUAUUUCCUUUCCCGAUUCUCAUGGACGAGAGGUCUCCUAGAGGCUAAUUUUUAUCAAUUUUGCCUUAGAAGAAGGUCUUGAUUUGCAUAUAAAAGUAAAAAUAAACAAAUUUUACAAAAAAUAAAUAAAUUACGAGUUGACCCGUAUCGUCACACCUUAAUUUCAAUAAGGAGCGGAGGAAUGAAUUU